AUGGGACUGACCAUUGUUGACCACAAGGGCGAGCCUGUCGUUCACGGAAGGAAGCGAUUGUCAACUGGUGUGAGACUGCACUACUACACUGCUGGGAAUGGUCCUGCUCUCUUGCUUCAACAUGGCAUUCCCAAGACUUCCUACUACUGGCGAAAAGUCGUCCCUCUAUUGUCUGAACACUUUUCCAUCGUAGUCCCAGAUCUACGUGGUAUUGGCGACUCGACACACCCCGAUGACGGAUACGACAUGGCAACGGUGGCGGAUGAUAUCGCCGAACUGAUGUCAGAACUCGGUCAUGACAAGUUUCAUAUCGUUGGCGAAGAUUGGGGAGCCGCCGCCUCGUACCAGGUCGCUGCCCGGCACUCGUCGAGAGUCCAGAGUCUAGUAUUCCAGGAGAUGUUGCUGCCAGGUUUUGGUCUGGAGGAGUGGGCACAGUUCAAUCCUCAACGGCCUGAGACUCAUCUUUGGCAUGUCGCUUUCUACCAUGUUCGAGACGUUCCAGAGCUCUUGAUCACGGGAAGGGAGAGAGAAUAUUUCACAUGGUUUAUCAAGAACGAAGCUUAUGAUCCGACGAGCAUUGAUGACGACGCCAUCGACGAAUAUGUCCGGAGCGCUUCGCAGCCAGGGGGUUUGCGCAGCAUCUUCAACAUCUACCGAGCCACCGAAAGCAAUGUGGCGGCGAACAAGAAGGCCGCAGAGAAGAAGUUAAAGAUGCCGGUGUUGGCUAUCGGAAGUCGCGAUUUCAUCGGUAAGGAAGUCGAGAAGCAGAUGCAACAUGUGGGGGAGAAUGUCCAGUACAAAGAGCUCCAUUAUGGCCAUCAACUUGCAGAAGAGUGUCCCAACGAGUUGGCCAAGAUAUAUAGAGACUUUCUGCAGUCGCUGCAGUAG